AUGACCAGGACCAGCACUACCUCAAAGGCAAGCGGCGGAUCCUCGGCGGCUCCCGCCCGGCGUUCGGCAGCCGGCCGGCCUUGUAAGGCGAGGUCGCUCGCCUGUCGAGAGUGUCGCGACCGCAAGAUUCGCUGCGACGGAGCGCGUCCUGUGUGCGACUCUUGUUGCAGGCGAGGACUCGGCGCUGAUCAGUGUGUGUACCCCGAGAUUGAGCACGAAGGCUCCAUUGCCUCGUCGCGGAGCUAUAUUCGCGCCCUUCAGAAGAGGGUCCAGGAACUUGAGGAGAAGGAGAAGCAUCUUGAGCUCGCUGUCCAGGGCCGAGAUGCCUUUGCCGCAACUACGCCCUCACACGAUGACGCCUGGAGGAAGCAAUCCAGCUCCCCCGGCGCAGUCUCCGAGCAGCCUGCACGACCUGUAAAGCCUCUGGAUCAUGUCCUCCCACCAAUCCAUGGCGACUCUAGCUAUCCCCUCUCUGGCUUCCCAGCCGGAGUCGGCUCUCUUCCCAUGGCCCAGGAACCUGCCGGCUACUACUCCCACCCUCACCACAUGGGCGCCAGCCCUCCAUUGACCGAUGAUCUUGAAGAAGGCUCGCAUGCCAAGGCUUCCUCCUUUGGCUCCUACUCUUCCAACGUCAAGGCGGCUCUCAUGCUCGAAAAGAUCUCCCUCCCGCCAGCGGACCUCAUGGACGAGUUGCUUGCCGAGUACUUUGACGUCGAUUGGAUCACUCUACCUGCUGUUCAUCGUCCGACCUUUUACCAACGCUAUCAUCGACUCAUCGCCGUCGCCAAUUCACGCUACCGUCGUGAUAUUCCUCUAGAGGAGGCAACAGAACUCGCCGCGACCUACUCUCUUCUCCUCGGCAUGCUCGCCAUUGGUCAACUCACAAAGUCGCCCGCGGAAUCAACCACAUCGCAAGCCUCGAACGCGUACGAGUUCCAUCAGCAAGCGAAGCCUCUCCUCCUUAUCGACUUGCUAUCCGUGGCAUCUCUCCCUGUUGUGCAGGCUCUGAUUAUCCACGCGCGGUUCCUUCGACGGAUGGGCAUGGGUCAGGAGAGUUGGAUGUUGACGGGCAUGGCGCAUCGGCUGGCAGAAGGCAUGAUGCUUCAUGUGGAGUUUCCAGGAAAGUCUCAGGCUGAGCUAGAGGAGCGUAGGAGGACGUGGUGUGCUUGUGCACUGUUUCUAAGGACGCAAAACUCUCCUGGAAACCAAACAACCGCAAACUUUGGAACCUUUCCUCAAGAAAUCGACGACGAAUACCUAGAGACUGUCCCGCACAACCCUCAACGAGAGCAGCCUUCCAACGUCCCAUCAAGGAUAUCUUUCUUCACUCAGGUGUUGAAGCUCUUCGACACAGUCCUGCAGCCAGUCCAGGAUGCCUACUUCAACCAAAGAGGAACUAGCAAGCAGUCUAUUUCGGAAAUUCUUGGAACGGCCCUGAAUCUCGAUUGUGUGCUCGAGGAGUGGCAAGCUGCUCUCCCUGAGCAUCUUCGCCUCAAGUUCCCCUGCACACAAACCGAGGCUCUUUUCCGCCGCCAAGCUACUCUUCUCCGCAUGAGAUAUUUGGAAACAAAGGCUCUUAUUUCUCGAGCAGCAAUCAUGAAGCUCGUCAGUAGCCAUGCCAGCCAACCAGCGUCUAUGGUGGCCAGAUCCAUGCUCAGUGGACUCUUUGAGUCGUGCUAUGCUGCGAGCGUUGAGUUGGAGGACAUCAUGAACCGAGAGAGGAGACUGGUUACCUUUGACGGACCCCCUGAGAGCCAUGCUGUAAUCUCUCUUUGCAUAAUAGGCAUGACUCUCACUAUGCUCUCCAAGCACCCUCUCUUCAGAGACAUUGUCACAAACCCGAACCCAAUCAACGACGAGGUCAGACGAUGUCUCGUAACAGCCAGACAGUACAUGACUUCCCAUCACUCCCUGGCCGAGAAGUUCAUUCACGCCUUAGAGACGGCUCUGCAGCCUCCGUCAAGGGGUGCAUCCUCACCAGGCGUCUUGGACCCAGCACUCGAGUCAAAGUCUGUUGGACCCGUUCUAUCCAACUUGACCGAAAACCCCGGGGCUGUGGAGUUGGAGGUGCUUGAGGCCUGGUAUAACAGAGAGCAGGGGUUGGCAUUAGGAUGUGGGAUGCCCGUGAGCGAGAUUGUCUCUCUGUGGUAA